AUGAAGCUGCUUGUUUUGUUAUUGGUUUUUACGUGUAUUGUUGCUGUUCGAUGUGUUACUACCCACACUCCGAGUGGAGACAUUGAAGGUUUUACAUUGAAUGGAGUCGAUGUUUACUUAGGUGUUCGUUAUGGACAAUUUUCAGAGCGGUGGACACCAGCUAAACUACCUUUGCCAUGGACAGGAAUACAAAAUGCAACAUCGUUCGGUCCAAUAUGUCAUCAGUUUGGUCCAUUCACUUCACCAUUCAAGUUUGAAGAAAGUGAACAAUGUCUCUCGUUAAACGUAUGGGUACCAAGUGAGAGAAAUGCGUCACUAUUGCCAGUAAGUCUGUGGCUGCAUGGCGGUGGUUACACUGCAGGUGAUAGUAAUGAUUAUGACGCUCGAAAUUUAUCCGAUGUUUCUCAAUCAAUUAUUGUUACAAUCAAUUAUCGUCUUGGUAUAUUCGGAUUUUUCCCAUUGCCGGCUGUUGAAUCGAGAAAUUUCGGCUGGUCGGAUCAACAGUUAGCUCUACAAUGGGUUCAAGAGAAUAUUGCAUCGUUCGGUGGCGAUAAAACUAAUGUCAUGCUAUUCGGUCAAUCGGCCGGCGGUGGUUCUACUAUGGCACAUUUACUAAUAGAGUCUAGUUGGCCACUCUACUCUUCCGCUAUUCUACAAUCAGGCGCACCUUUUAUCUAUGAUAAAUGUGAAGAAAGAGAAGAGAUAAAUUUGAAACUACUCGAAACAUCUUUUCCCGAAUGCGAAUCGAAUAUUACUUGUUUUCGCCAAUUGAACGCCUCUCUAUUCUAUGAAACACUUACCAUCAACUGGAUAACAUUGUGGCCUUGUGUUGGUCAACGUUCACAAUUGGAGGAUCAACCAUUAACAUUGAUUCGAAAAGGUAUUUUCAAUAGGAACGUACCAAUCAUAAGUGGUAUAAAUUCAAAUGAAGGUCAGACUAGCGUACUGACAUUCAAUCAAUUCAAUAUGAAUAUUAAUUCAUCACAAUACCGUCCUUUUGCUACUGAGUACAGAAUACCUGAUAAUCUAACCGAUUUGUAUGAUCCUACAACAACCGAUAAAGAUUAUUUCACUGCCCUAACUUGGCUAUUCGGCGACUAUUACAUUCAUUGUCCUACGUUGUUUCUUUUCGAUUAUCUUUCAGUUUGGUCAUCUUCCAUUUAUGCCUACUUUUUUGUACAUGCUACUGAAAAUUGGGCUUUUACACCGUUCCAUUUCAAUGCUUCUCAUUUGACCGAAAUACCCUACGUAUUUGACAAUGAUUUUGCUUUAACUAAAUUUACAUUAGCCGAAUUCAAUCUGUCAAUGAAAAUCAUUCGCUAUUUCAAUGCAUUUCAUUUGAAAGAACAACCUUGGUCAUCAUAUACAGUGAAUCAAACUGUAAUUGUAUUCAAUAUCAGCAAUGAUGAUAGCAUGCAAAGUCAAUCUACUUUUGGCGAACGCUUAAUCAAACAGUGCCCAAUCAUUUUGAAAUAUGUUGAUAGUGAUAAUUGUCAUGCUUAUACGACUAGAGAAGAAUGUAUCAGAUUGCAACACUGCCAUUGGAUAUCUGAUCGUUGCGAUUUCUCUUCGACUACCUUGACUUCAACGACUGAAUCGACUUCCUUGACUCCAACGAGUGUAUCGACUUCGUUGGCUCCAACGACUGUAUCGACUUCCUCGUCUUUAUUUCAAAUUCAUAAUUCAUUUUUGUUUUUCGUUAUAAGUUGUGCUCUGUUCUUAAUAAACAAAUGA